AUGAUCGCGGCUUCAUAUAUACUCCUGCUCCUUGCCGCCGCGGUUUCCCGCGGCAAAGCCUGCGCUCUGCAUGCCCGCUCGACGGUGGAACGAAGGGACUCCCCAACUGGACAAUGUGGCGCGGCGAACAGUGGCUAUACGUGCACCGCCAGCACCGGAGCGAAUCAGUGUUGUUCGCCAGCUGGAUGGUGUGGGGAUUCGACAGCACACUGCGGAACCGGAUGUCAAAGCGCAUACGGAACUUGCAGUCCCGCCGCAGCUGAGCCGACUUUGCCAGCAAUUAGCACCCGCUCAAAUCUUGGGAGCGUGCCAUACGGCUCGGAACUCUUUGCGUGCACGAAGGCGAAUACCAUUGCACUUACCUUUGAUGACGGGCCGUACUCGUACACCGCCGCGCUGCUGGACUUGCUGAAAGAAAAGGACGUCAAGGCGACCUUCUUCAUAACCGGCAAUAACCUCGACAAAGGCGCCAUCGACACCACCUCUACAUGGAGCAGCGUAAUCCAACGCAUGUACGACGAAGGGCACCAAAUCGGCUCGCACACGUGGACGCACGCCGACCUCUCCACCGUGACCGAAAACACACGGCGCUACGAGAUGAUCCGUAACGAGCAGGCGUUCCUGUCCAUUCUCGGACGGUAUCCCACCUACAUGCGGCCGCCGUACAUCUCGUGCAAUACCGCCUGCCAGACCACCAUGGCAGCGCUCGGAUAUCACGUCAUCAUCUGGGAUCUCGAUACCGACGACUAUAACAAUGUUACGCCAGAGCUCAUCCAGAAUGCUAAGAAUAACGUCGAUAACGCGUUGGCGGAGAAUUGGGAUUCCUAUAUGAGCAUCGCGUAUGGCUGA